UGAAAGCUAAUACCAUUCAUUCCAUUUCCUUCAUUCAUUCUCUCAACAAACAAAACUCUCUCUCUCUCUCUCAAUCUCCUUCUCUUGCAAGCACCCUCCCACACACUGUCCAACGUUAACCGAUCAAAAACCCAUCUCUGUCUACCUUUAUUUGAUCCAAAGUUGGCUCACAAAAACGUGAAAAAUUUCAUUCCCGUGAGAUUUUCCUCCACCGAUGCAGAUUGAAUUUCAGGAAUCCUGGGUGUCUGCGAUACGUAAUCACCCUUUCCAUGUUUUUAUUCAUUCGAUCUGUGAUGAUCAUAAUGCCACUCAUCGGAAACUUGUUGAUCGUGUGAUUUUGUUCUUCCUUCCCCUGAAUCCCCUGUUUUUUUUUUUCUUUUUUCCUUUUUCUUUUACCUUUUUUUUUUCCUGGUUGCGUAUUCAGCAAGUGUACUUGUUGAAUUGGAUUAAACUGAUAAUUCUCCGAUCUGGGAAAGUCACACCCAAAAAACAAAAGCAAAAUAUAUUAUAUAAAAUGAUUUUUUUUCCACCUACCUUUGAAUAAUUGGUUGCAAAAGCGGUUCCAAUUACAAGCCCCUGUUUCUGGGUGUUUGGCCAUGGACGAUGAUUUUGCUGGGUCGAUUAUUCCUUUUGAUUGGGGUGAUCCUACUUUGAUGAAUUACGAUGACUUCACGUGAAUAGAGAUUUUUAACUUCGAUUACAAAAUUGGCAAAAUUCCUUUCUUUUUGUUUUGGAAUAUCCCACCGUUGGGGGAAUGAAUACCAUACUUCCCCUCAAAGUUUUUAUCUUUGCAUUCACCUUCAAAUAUUCUGUUUGUUUUCUGUUUUUGAAAGCUUUUUUCUUCAUCUGGGGUCAUCUAAUAUCUAAAUCAAGCGUUUCAUACAACGAUCGGUGUGGAUUUCCUUCUCUGCCUCUGAUUUUUUCUAUUUGGUUUUUUUUUUUUUUAUUGUUUUGGUCUUGUUGAUCCUCCUCUUUCAUAGGAGGUUCAUGAUUUUGUGGGUCUAAAUGCAUGCCUUGUGGUGAUUGUAGAUCAUAAUUGAUAAUGUCACAAUAAAUGGAGACAGUUGGUCAUAUAAUUCAGUUCUUUUUUUGUGUGUGUCACAUAAUGGGUUUAUGUAAGUAUGUUUUUGUUUGUAGGUUUGAGACCUGAGAUUUGCUAGUCAGUUAUAUUUUUGAGGUACACACUUUUUGCAAGAGUUGCUAUAAAUUAGAGAAACAAGAGAAAUGAAUGAAUGUAGUAAUAAAUUUGCACAUAUUUUUCAUAAUUCCCAGAACAGUUUAGAUCUUUUCUUCUGCAAAGUUAGGGCACUGCAUAAGGUUUGGCAGUGCCCAUGGAUGCCACAACCAGCGGAACCCCAACUGUCCAAUACCAUAACAUCCCUGACCAGCCAAUUACUGCCAUUAUUGCCACUCCACUUCCAACAUUUCAAAGGCAGCAACGCCAUUGCUUUGGGGACUCCACUCCUGGAGAGUUUCCCUUGUCUGCUAAUCCCUCCAUUGUCCUUCAUGUCCUCACUGCAUGCAAUUUGGAACCUCAAGACCUUGCUAAACUAGAGGCAACAUGCUCCUUCUUCAGGCAGCCGGCAAACUUUGCUCCGGAUUUGGACUUGUCCUUAUCCGAGCUCGCCGCACUCGACAUGUGCCAGAAGAGAGCCAUCUUCAAGCCAAUGACAACUGAACAACGCCAAGAUUUGAAGCUAAGGUGUGGAGGUUCAUGGAAACUGGCGCUGAGGUACUUGAUGGCUGGAGAGGCAUGUUGCAGGAGGGAGAAGUCUCAGGCUAUAGCAGGUCCUGGUCACAGCAUUGCUGUGACAUCAAAAGGGGUUGUUUAUUCAUUUGGUUCCAACAGUUCUGGACAACUUGGACAUGGCACCACUGACGAGGAAUGGCGACCUCGACCAAUAAGAACUUUGCAAGGCAUUCGAAUUAUACAAGCUGCUGCUGGGGCUGGGAGGACAAUGUUGGUCAGUGAUUCUGGGCAGGUUUAUGCAUUUGGAAAGGACUCAUUUGGGGAAGCUGAGUAUGGAGUUCAAGGUUCUAAAACGGUUGCAGCUCCACAGAUAGUGGAAUCUUUGAAAAACAUAUUUGUUGUCCAAGCUGCAAUUGGUAACUUUUUCACAGCUGUGUUGUCAAGAGAAGGCAGGGUUUAUACAUUUUCUUGGGGCAGUGAUGGCAAACUUGGUCAUCACACUGAUCAAAGUGAUGUGGAACCUCAUCCCUUGUUAGGUGCUCUUGAAAACAUACCAGUAGUGCAAAUUGCUGCUGGAUAUUGCUAUCUACUUUGUCUGGCUUGUCAACCCAGUGGAAUGUCGGUAUAUUCUGUUGGGUGUGGUUUGGGGGGCAAGCUUGGACACGGCUCGAGAACUGAUGAAAAGUACCCUCGUUUGAUCGAACAGUUUGGGCUGCUGAACCUCCAACCCAUGGUUGUUGCAGCUGGUGCUUGGCAUGCUGCUGUGGUGGGGCGGGAUGGCCGUGUUUGUACGUGGGGAUGGGGCCGAUAUGGUUGCUUGGGGCAUGGGAAUGAAGAAUGUGAAUCAGUACCUAAGGUGGUGGAAGCAUUGAGCAAUGUCAAAGCUGUUCAUGUUGCAACAGGAGAUUACACAACCUUUGUCGUGUCUGAUGAUGGUGAUGUGUAUUCAUUUGGCUGUGGAGAAUCUGCUAGUCUUGGGCAUAAUGCUGCUGGAAAUGAUGAGCAGGGCAACAGACAUGCAAAUGUGUUAAGUCCAGAGCUUGUCACUUCACUGAAGCAGAUCAAUGAACGGGUGGUACAGAUUAGUCUAACCAAUUCCAUAUACUGGAAUGCUCAUACCUUUGCCCUCACUGAAUCAGGGAAGCUGUAUGCAUUUGGUGCCGGAGACAAAGGACAGCUAGGAAUUGAACUUGUUGCUAACCAGACUGAAAGGGGAAAUCCAGAAAGGGUUGAAAUUGAUCUUGGUUAACUGUCUGUGUCCUUACACCCCCCAGUCCUCCACAAUUCUUUACACCAUGCUGUCCUCUAAUUUAUGGUCAUCAUGCAUAGCAUUUAAUAUUUAAAUUCCUUGUCUAUUCUGUAAAUAUAAUCAAAAGAAUGCAUCUUGAAGGUCCAAGGUAAGGUAACAGCUAACAAGGGCCUUAGUAGCUUCUGUCUUAUGGUUGUUGAUAUCAUCAUCACUCUUAGGCUUUCAUCUGGUUGUUGAUAGUUGAUACAUUGGUGAAGGUUCAUUUAUAGCCUAGUUGUCUUGAAUUGUUUUCAUAGAUCAUUUGCUUAGAUACAGUUUGUUAAAUUUGGUAUUCAUUCAUCAUAAGUCAAAACCCUCAUGGUUUGAAUCAUUUA